CCCUUCCCGCCCCUCCCCCCCGACCGGGUCUGACUCCCGGUUCCCGAUUCCCGGUUCGGUCCCGCCAUGGGAGUCUGAGCGCCCCCGCCGGCCCCCAGCCCCCGGGGCCCUGAGGGGCAGAGGCUGCGUGUGGGACGAGGGGGCGCACACUCCAGGCCCCCUCCUUUCCUGCCGUCCGGCCGUCCGAGCGCGGGUGGUAUACAAAGGCGCGGCACCCGGACCCGCAGCGGCGGAGCGUCGCUUGAUUUUCUCUGAGUUGAGCCCACCCGUCCAGCAAAAUAGAGUCCCUCAGGGUGACGGUGGAUUUCCUGAAGGUGCCCCUUGGCCUGAAGAAGCCGCCGCUGAAGGAGGUGGUAGUGGGGCCCCCCAAAAGGCCCCCACCUGCGGCCCUGGAACGCUACAAGGCACGGCGUUCAGACGCCAUGGACACCGAGUCUCAGUACUCGGGCUACUCCUACAAGUCGGGUCACUCCCGCAGCUCCCGCAAGCACAGGGAUCGCCGGGACCGCCACCGAUCCAAGAGCCGGGAUGGAAGCCGUGGGGACAAGUCAGUGACAAUCCAGGCUCCAGGGGAGCCCCUGCUGGACAAUGAAUCCACUCGAGGGGAUGAGCGGGAUGACAACUGGGGGGAGACUACCACGGUGGUGACAGGCACCUCGGAGCACAGCAUCUCCCACGAUGACCUCACCCGCAUCGCCAAGGACAUGGAGGAUAGCGUGCCGCUGGACUGCUCACGCCACCUGGGAGUGGCUGCAGGGGCCACGCUGGCACUGCUGUCCUUCCUCACGCCGCUGGCCUUCCUGCUGCUGCCGCCGCUGCUGUGGCGCGAGGAGCUGGAGCCGUGCGGUGCGGCCUGCGAGGGCCUCUUUAUCUCGGUGGCCUUCAAGCUGCUCAUCCUGCUGCUGGGCAGCUGGGCGCUCUUCUUCCGGCGCCCCAAGGCGGCGCUGCCGCGUGUCUUCGUGCUGCGCUCUCUGCUCAUGGUGCUGGUCUUCCUGCUCGUGGUGUCCUACUGGCUCUUCUACGGUGUGCGCAUCCUGGACGCACGCGAGCGCAGCUACCAGGGCAUCGUGCAGUUCGCUGUGUCGCUGGUGGACGCCUUGCUCUUCGUGCACUACCUGGCCGUCGUGCUGCUUGAGCUGCGCCAGCUGCAGCCGCAGUUCACGCUCAAGGUUGUGCGCUCCACCGACGGUGCCAGCCGCUUCUACAACGUGGGACACCUCAGCAUCCAACGUGUGGCAGUGUGGAUCCUGGAGAAGUAUUACCAUGACUUCCCCGUCUACAACCCCGCCCUCCUCAACCUGCCCAAGUCCGUCCUGGCCAAGAAAGUGUCUGGUUUCAAGGUGUACUCCCUCGGAGAGGAGAACAGCACCAACAACUCCACUGGCCAGUCUAGGGCGGUGAUCGCGGCUGCGGCUCGGAGGCGGGACAACAGCCACAAUGAGUACUACUACGAGGAGGCGGAGCAUGAGCGCCGAGUGCGCAAGCGCAGGGCCAGGCUGGUGGUGGCUGUGGAGGAGGCCUUCACCCACAUUAAGCGGCUACAGGAAGAGGAGCAGAAGAACCCCAGAGAGGUGAUGGACCCCCGGGAGGCUGCACAGGCCAUCUUCGCAUCCAUGGCUCGGGCCAUGCAGAAGUACCUGCGUACCACCAAGCAGCAGCCGUACCACACCAUGGAGAGCAUCCUGCAGCACCUGGAAUUCUGCAUCACACAUGACAUGACACCCAAGGCCUUCCUGGAGCGCUACCUGGCUGCUGGGCCCACCAUCCAGUACCACAAGGAGCGUUGGCUGGCCAAGCAGUGGACGCUGGUGAGCGAGGAGCCAGUGACCAACGGGCUCAAAGAUGGCAUGGUGUUCCUCUUGAAGCGCCAUGACUUCAGCCUGGUGGUCAGCACAAAGAAGGUCCCAUUCUUCAAACUCUCUGAGGAGUUCGUGGACCCCAAAUCACACAAGUUUGUCAUGAGGCUGCAGUCGGAGACUUCUGUGUGACUGUGGCACCAGGUACCCACUGGGGGCCUGGGAAGCCUGGGGAUUGGAGGGGGGAGGCUCCCCAGGUAGUAGGGGCCUCCUCCUCCUGUUGCCUCUUCCAUUUGCUCCUGUUUUUUUUUUUUUUUCUUUUACUUGAAUUAGGCACCCCCUCCCUUGUUUGCCCCUGCUCGACAGAGAUGUCCCUACCCUGUCCUGUUACUCUGUACCUCCAGGCCCUAGAGGGAUCAGUGUCUCCCUUUCCCCUCCCUGGGACAGCCUGUCCUAAAAGGGGCCCUUCUCCAUCCCAGGUUCUCUGCAGCUGACCCCCACUGUGUGUCUCUGGGAGCACAGAUACGACCAGAGACCCCUGUGCCAUACUCCUCAGGACAGAGCUGCCUGCACUUCUUGGGGUCUCUUCUUGUAACCUUGCCCCUCAAUACCCCGAGUUCUUGGGGCAAGGACCCCUGCCACCUUUGUCUUGAGUUGGGGUGAACUGGUCAGGGGUGUUUGUGUCCAACUGUUAGAGCCCCCUCCAUCCACAUGCAUUCAGAGCAAGAUGGAACUCACCCUGUAUCCUAAAACCUCACCUUCCAUUUCAGACUUCUGUGGCCACACAUCACCAUAUACAAAUUGAGGCAAGAGUCUUCUGGGACAUUUUUCCCAGGCCUGGGGACAGUCCCUUUCAAUCUUAGGUAGCCCCUGAGGAGUGGGACUUCUCAACUCAACGAGCUCUCCAAAAGGAGGGGAGCAGGUCCCUUUCUCAAGAAUGGAUGGCUUGAGGUCUCUUCCUUAGACAUAUUCAGUUGCACAGACCUCUCUUACCCCCUCCCAGAUCUUCAACAAGGAUUUACUUAUCUUCCGUUCUCUCUCCUCAUGCCUUCCUCUACUUUCUGUCCUGCAGUCUCUAAUUCAGCUGGAGACCUGUAGUCUCGUCUCUUUGAGGGGGCAACCACUGCUCCCCAGACCCUGCCUUAAGCCCACUUUGCCUCAGGAGUCUCCUCCCCAAGCUACACAGUUACCUACUCUCCUGGCUGGCUUCUGGCUCUGGUUCCCUCCGUAUCAGGGUGAGGGGCUUGUGUGACUGCCAUUUGCAGGUACUUAACCCCUCCCUGCUUAGCUUCCAUGGUCUUUGCACCUCAUCUAAAUUGUGGAGACUUUCUGCCUCCCUUUGAGCAAAAUUUACUGACUUUCAAAUACGUAUUUUUCAGUGUUAAUCUGAGCCUUUAAAGCAGACACCUCUAAUCGGUGUAUUUUAUCCAAGAGCACAGACUAGGAAGCACCAAGUCCCUCCAGCAGUGCUGGGCUCAGGUCUCCAAAUAUCGCCUUUGCCCCUUCAGUCUCAUGGGCUGCCUUCUGCUAGGCCCCUCACUACUCUCACUGGAGUGCUUGCUCCCUGGACUGAUCCCCCACUGCUUCCUAUGAGUCUCUCUAUAGGGGCAGCCCUGGAUGUGAGGGAGCCUGUGACAGACCCUCUGCUAGCCUUUUCCAAAUAGCAUCCUAUCCACACCACUUAGAGAGAAAGACCCUUCGGUAUUCUUGACCAGGUCCCCAGAUGGACUAGUAGUAGAUGGGCUAGGUGGGGCUCAGGGCUCAGUGUCAGGUUAGGGCUGUGAGUUUUAGACCAAUUUAAGUGAAUAUUCUCUUGGGUUCUUAGGAUUCUGGGGUCUCAGAUGUCCCGAGUGUCCCUGGGAUUUGGAAAUUCUGGAGGGUCCUAAUGAUUGUGGGUUGUCUGUGAUCUGGGAGUGCUUAGAGGUCCUGGGAUCCUGGGGUCUUGAGGGUCCUGAGAAUUCUUGGAGUCCUAGGGAUGAUUCCCAGGUAGACAGAUGUCUCUUUUUCUCUUCUAAGACCCUAUUUCAGAGGCAUACCCUGGGCCUUGUUUUUAAAUACCUCACUAUCCUGGCAAAGGGCUUGGGGGUACUGGGGGUGGCUGGUGGAGGACUGGGCUUUGGGGAGAGGGCAGGCUUCUGAGCUGUCUUAGUUGCUGCCCAGGGUGGGGCUGAAGCGCUUAUUUUAAGAACCUGCCAUGUUUUUAAUCACUGUGACUUUUUCAUUCCUUUUCCCCUAAAACAAUAGACACCCUGCACCCCCACCCCACCCCUACCCCAAGCACUAAGGGCUGUGAGUGAGAGUAGCAUUUGGUUCUUUGCGUCAGAACUGUGGUCUCUCUGUCAUUGAUGAAGCUGAUGAUUUUUACAGUGUGGGAUGCGUGGUCCAGUGUGUGUUGUGUGAACUGUCUCCUCUGUGGGGCUUGUCUUCAUGCUGUGAACAGGGGCACCCUGACUUGGUCCCCUAAGCCCCUGCCCCAUGACCUUUCUCAGGCGCUGGGGUCCUCAUUCCUUCCUGGGGUGCACCCCUCUUCCCAUGUCACUCUGGUGUGCUCUUUUCUGUGACUGUAGCACCAGUUUGUCUCUUUGCUCACCUGGAACCUUCCCCACCCUGUCCUGCUAGGAAGCUGCUUCACCCUCACCUACCUCGACACCCUGCCAUUCCCACUGGUCCCUUCUCCUAAAUGACCCCCUAGUCUGGUUUGUUUCCCUCUUAUAUUUUCUUCCACCUUCAUUUCCUGCCCCCACUCACUUUCUCUGUUGCAAUGCUGAGGUUUGUGCACCCUGGAACCUUCUGUCUGACACCUGUACCCUACUUUGUGCUUCUCAUUUUUUCAUGGGUUGUGUGACCUCCCCACCCACCUUGUGUCAGUCUGUCUCCUCUUUCCUUGUUCUCCCCACCCCACAGGGUGGCAUCUGCUAAUAAACCAGCCCCAGCUGGUGUGUGACUGUCGUGUUUUGUCCUCUUGUGUGUGGAAAUAGGGGUGCUCUUUGCAGCUCCCCCCAGUGAGAUUGGAUAUGUAGAGUUUUCCACUGUUGGGUCUAGAAUUUUCCCCUCCCCCUUUUUUUGGUUCCAGAGCUGAGACUUUGUGCAUGCAUGUAGAAAAUUGUAAAAUGUAAAUUGUUUUUAAUAUAUAAAAAGCUUGUUUUUACAGUUUGCAGUGGAGCUAAACCUUAUGGCAACUUUAGGGAUUUUUUUUUUCUUAAACAUAGGAACUAAACUGUACAAAUUUUUUUUUAUAUAUAAAAUAAAGACAUUUGACUUUU